AUGGACGCCUAUGAUAUUUUUAAGAAAUUAACCAAAGGUUUAACAUUUAAACACCGGGUGUUAGGUGUUAAAAACAAGAAUCAAUCAACUGAUACUGUUCUAAAAAAAGAAGAGUUAGAAAUAAAAGAAGAACUGCCUAGUGACAACGAAGAAGAUUCUCAAAAUGAAUCUGAUAAUUCAGCAUCAGAGGAUGAGAACCCUGAAAGUGAGAAAGAUGACGAGCUUCAAUUAGUGGAGGGAGUCAAAGUAGGACAGAAGAGGAAAAAAGUAAAGAAAGCUAAGUCAGAAGAUUUAAAGAAGAAGCUGGAGUUGGAAGAGCAAAACCGUUUCCGUAACGAACAUGGCAUCAAAGCAGUUGGUCGACAUGUGCCCCCUGCACUUCAGGAAUUUGAGGACUUGACUUCAAAAUACAAUGUAUCCCAAGGAUUGGUGGAUACAGUGAUGCAGUGUGGAUAUACAGAGCCUACUCCUGUCCAGAGGCAAGCCAUACCAUGCAUGUUAGAGGAUCGUCAAAUAUUUGCUUGCGCACCAACUGGUUCAGGGAAAACAGCUGCUUUCCUUGUACCCAUACUCCAUUCCCUCGGAGUUCCGCAAGGUGGUCCCAGAGCGUUGAUCCUCUGCCCAACAAGAGAGUUGGCUCAUCAGAUAUAUAGAGAAGCUCUCAGGUUGAGUGCAGCAAGUCAGCUGAGGUGCAGUGUGGUGAGGAAUAUUAAAGAGAGCAAAGUCAAAGAACGUGAGGCUACAAUUAGAAAGAGUGAUAUAGUGGUGAGCACUCCAAACCGGCUCUGCUAUCUAAUGAACCAAGAGAAUGUCAACAUGUCUUUAGACAAGGUUCGCUGGCUUAUCAUCGACGAAGCAGAUAAACUCUUCGAAGGCUCAGCAGACCAAGCUUCAGACUUCAGACAGCAACUAGACCAGAUAAUGGCCGCCUGUUCAAACAAGUUGAGACGGAUUGCCAUGUUCAGCGCUACCCACACCCCUGUUGUGGCAAAAUGGUGCCGUCAUAAUAUGAGGGGGUUGAUUAAUGUCACCGUUGGACAGAGAAAUGCAGCAACAAAUCUAGUAGACCAAAAGUUACUUUACUGUGGAAAUGAGAACGGCAAACUGGUGGCGUUCAGACAACUCGUCCAGGAGGGGUUGAAACCACCCGUAUUAGUAUUCGUUCAGAGCAAGGACCGUGCGAAGCAGCUCUUCAAAGAGUUGAUUUACGACGGUAUCAAUGUAGAUGUUAUACACGCGGACAGAACACAGACACAGCGUGACAACGUGGUGCGCAGCUUUCGCGUGGGGCGUAUCUGGGUGCUGAUCUGUACAGAGCUGAUGGGAAGAGGUAUCGACUUCCGUGGAGUUAACCUGGUCAUCAAUUACGACUUUCCCCCCUCAGCCAUCGCCUAUAUUCAUAGAGUGGGGCGCGCUGGCAGAGCGGGACAGAAAGGUCGCGCCAUAACUUUCUUCACAGAAGACGAUGUUGUCAAUCUCCGCAGUAUAGCAUCAGUGAUGAAACAAUCCGGCUGCGAGGUGCCUGAGUACAUGCUCCAGCUGAAACAAAACCCCAAUAAGCGUAAGAAACUUAUGAAGAAGGCGCCUAACCGCGACAAGAUCUCCACCAUUUUGGAUAAAAGGAAUAAUAAAAGAAAACUAGAUACUUCAAAAGAAUCAGCAGAAACGGAGAAAACAAAAGCAACAGAAUCUGUAAAAAAUAGUAAAAACAAUAAACAAAGAAGACUUCAAAAUGGCAAUCACAAGCCGCAACCUAAGAAUGGACUUAAGAAGGAAAAUAUUAAGAAGAGAAGAAAGAAGAAUUUAGGAAAUAAAAAUAUUAAAAAUAAGUGA